AAAGACUGCCUGAUCCUCAACAUCUACAGUCCAGAUGGACCCACUGCAGGGACUAGGAGGCCUGUCAUGGUGUGGAUUCAUGGGGGCUCAAUGAUGGUUGGUGCUGCCACCUCUCACGACAGGUCAGCCUUGGCAGCCUUCGGGGACGUGGUGGUGGUCACAAUCCAGUACCGCCUUGGUUUCCUUGGCUUCCUCAGCACUGGGGACGAACACGCACCAGGAAACUGGGGCUUCCUAGACGUGGUGGCUGCUCUGUGCUGGGUACAGGGAAAUAUCACUCCCUUUGGGGGUGACCCCAACUGUGUCACCAUCUUUGGGAGUUCUGCAGGUGCCCUAAUGAUUUCUGCACUUGUCCUGUCCCCGCUCACUGCGGGGCUAUUCCACAGAGCCAUAGCCCAGAGCUUCCUCACUCUUUCAUUAUCUUCUGCCACAUAUUGA